AUGACAAGUAUUGAUUACGAGUACAAUGAUUAUUUUACAUUACAACCAAAAGAAGUUGUAGAAAGGCUACAAACUGACUCUGAAAAGGGUCUCACAGACGAAGCUGCCCAACAAAGAUUAUUGACAGUUGGUGAAAACUCACUUGGUAAUGACAUGAAAAUGGAUUAUAAGGGAAUGUUAAUUCAUCAGAUUUGUAACGCUAUGAUUUUAGUCCUUUUCAUUUCCAUGGUCAUUUCAUUUGCCAUCCGUGAUUGGAUUACAGGUGGUGUUAUCUGUUUCGUCGUUGUCGUCAACGUCGUUAUUGGUGUUUACCAAGAAUUUAAGGCAUCCAAAACAAUGAACUCAUUGAAAGCAUUAAGCUCCCCAAAUGCCUUAGUUAUUAGAGAUGGUGUUGCUGAACAUAUUCCUUCCAAAGAUGUGGUGCCAGGCGAUUUAUGCUCCGUUAAAGUGGGUGAUACAAUUCCUGCUGAUUUGCGUUUAAUAUCGAAUCAUAAUUUUGAAACAGAUGAAUCGUUAUUGACAGGUGAAUCUCUCCCAGUAUCUAAAGAUUUUGAAGCUAUAUAUACCAAGGAAGAAGAUACUUCAGUUGGUGAUCGCUUAAACAUUGCAUAUUCUUCAUCCACUGUGGUUAAAGGAAGAGCAAAAGGUAUAGUUAUUAAAACGGGGUUAAAUACUGAAAUUGGUAAAAUUGCUGAAUCGUUAAGAGGAGAAGGUAGUUUAAUUUCUCGAGAUCCUUCCCUUUCUAAAUUGCAAAACAUUCGAAAAAGUAUUAAACAGACUGCUGGUGCCUUCUUAGGUGUGACAACUGGUACUCCCUUACAUAGAAAAUUAUCGAAAUUGGCCAUAUUACUAUUUUUUAUCGCAGUAAUUUUUGCUAUCGUCGUCAUGGCAUCUCAGAAAUUUAUUGUCGAUAGAGGUGUUGCCAUUUAUGCCAUUUGUGUUGCUUUAUCAAUGAUUCCAUCCUCAUUGGUGGUUGUCCUGACCAUCACUAUGUCAGUAGGUGCUGCUGUUAUGGCAACCAGAAACGUUAUUAUCAGACAAUUAGAUUCAUUAGAAGCACUGGGUGCCGUCAAUGAUAUUUGUUCAGAUAAGACUGGUACGUUAACCCAAGGUAAGAUGAUUACCAAACAAGUAUGGAUCCCCAAGUUUGGUACUAUCGUAAUUAGUGAUUCCAAUGCACCAACAAAUCCAAAUAUAGGGAAAGUUAAUUUGAUACCAUUUGUAUCACCUUACGAGUAUCAUCAUAAUGAAGAUGAAGACGUCGGUAUAUUACAAAAUUUCAAGCAAAGAUACCAAAACAAUGAUUUACCAACAAAUGGAAGGAACCACCUAUACGAAGAUUUCCUGAAGGCUGCAACUUUAGCGAACAUUGCGACCGUCUUCAAGGACAACGAAGGACAAUGGAAGGCACAUGGUGAUCCAACAGAAAUUGCUAUUCAAGUUUUUACAACAAGAAUGGAUUUACCACGUCAGAUAUUGACAGGUGAAAGGGUCAAUACCAAUGAAUUGGAAACUGAAGAUAGUCCAUCCUUCAUUAACGAGUCAGAAUCAGAAGAAGAAAUUAAAUUUAAACAUCUCGUUGAAUACCCCUUUGAUUCAACUAUCAAAAGGAUGACAGCAAUUUUUGAAGAUAAUGAACAGAAGAGUUUCAACAUUUAUACUAAAGGUGCUUUUGAAAGUGUCCUAGCUUGCUGUACUCAUUGGUUUGGUGGGAUUGAUGGUAAGAAGGUUGAAAUGACUGAAGAGGAUAAAAGGUUUAUCCAGAAAAAUGUUGAUACUCUAUCAGCUGAAGGUUUAAGAGUCCUUGGUUUUGCCACUCAAAAAUUUGAUUUACAAUCUUUAAAUGAAACUGAGAGAAAAGAAUUAUUAACAAAGAGAACGUCUGCCGAAGCUGACUUGGCAUUCCAAGGUUUAGUUGGUAUCUACGAUCCUCCAAGACCAGAAACUGCAAGUGCUGUAAAAAAGUUUCAUCAAGCUGGUAUUAAUGUCCGUAUGUUAACUGGUGACUUCCCAGGUACUGCCAAGGCAAUUGCUCAAGAGGUAGGUAUAUUACCUGUGAAUUUGUAUUAUUAUUCCAAAGAAGUAGUCGACAUUAUGGUUAUGACCGGCUCACAAUUUGACCAUCUAAGUGACGAAGAAAUCGAUAAACUGCCAGUUCUUCCUCUUGUUAUUGCCAGAUGUUCACCACAAACGAAAGUAAGAAUGAUAGAAGCUUUACAUCGUCGUAACAAAUUUUGUGCAAUGACAGGUGAUGGGGUGAAUGAUUCUCCUUCUUUAAAGCUGGCCAAUGUAGGUAUUGCUAUGGGUAUCAAUGGUUCAGAUGUAGCAAAAGAUGCAUCCGAUAUUGUUUUAAGUGACGAUAAUUUCGCUUCUAUUUUGAAUGCAAUUGAAGAAGGGAGAAGAAUGACUGAUAAUAUUCAAAAAUUUGUGUUACAACUAUUAGCAGAAAAUGUUGCACAAGCAUUAUAUUUAAUCGUUGGGCUAGUUUUCCAGGAUGAGAACAAUAAAUCAGUAUUUCCCCUCUCCCCUGUCGAAGUUUUAUGGGUUAUUGUCGUUACAUCAUGCUUCCCAGCAAUGGGAUUGGGUGUUGAAAAGGCUGCACCAGAUUUAAUGGAAAGACCUCCAAACGAUUCAAAAGCUGGUAUUUUUACAUGGGAAGUCAUUAUCGACAUGUUUUCUUACGGUAUCUUAAUGGCUGCCUGUUGUAUGGGUGCUUUCACAUCAAUUAUUUAUGGUAAAGAUGCUGGUAAUUUAGGUAUAAAUUGCAAUAAAGGAUAUAAUGAAACUUGUCAUGACGUAUUUAGAGCAAGAUCAGCUGCAUUCGCUACAAUGACUUGGUGUGCCUUAAUUCUUGCAUGGGAAGUCGUAGACCUUCGUCGGUCUUUCUUUAGAAGACAACCUGAAACUGACGUGCCUGUCAGGCAAUUCUUUAAAGAUGUUUGGGGCAAUCAAUUCUUGUUCUGGUCCAUUAUUCUAGGUUUUGUUGGUACUUUCCCUGUUGUCUAUAUUCCUGUCAUAAACGAUAAAGUAUUUUUACAUAAAGGAAUUGGCUAUGAAUGGGGAAUUGCAUUUGCUUUUACCACUGUUUUCUGGGCUGGCUGUGAACUAUAUAAGUUUGGUAAGAGGAUAUAUUUCAGAAAUAGUCUUAGAGCUGAAAAUCCAGAAAAGGAUCUGGAGAAAGGUUCAUCAAGAGACCCAUUCGAACAAUACAGCACAUCGACCACCAUUCAGACGGAAUUCAAUGUCAGCUAUAAAGAAUAA